CGAAAAGAAAAUACAAAUAAUAAGUAUAUUACCAGGUGUUAACGAGGAAUAUCAAUAACACAUUCGUUUUAUCAAAAGAACGACAGGAAGCCGGUAACUUUUUUUGCAGUCUCUAUAAAAAGUUUCGAUGAAAAGGUCUCGUGAAAGUUGCUUAUAAGCGGUUCAUUUUCUAUGAAAUAGUUUUUUUUAGCAUUUUUGUUCAAAUUGAUUAAAUACAAAUGCAAUGAAUUUCAGUGCAGUGAAUCUUAUAGUUAUUUUAUCGUUGAUUAUUACUUUAUCAGUUGAUUGUUUUAAAUUUCACAAAAAAGUUAAUACUGCCUGCAAAAACUCCGAGGGUAAACGAGGCGUAUGCAUUCCGUUAAAGAAUUGCAAAAGAAGUUUAGCUAAAGACGCCGAGCUAAAAAAGCAGUCGAGCCAGGAAUGCCCGAGCAGUCAUACAAGACCAGAAGUAUGUUGCACCGACGGCAAGAAGAAAGCUGCAAGGCCUGGGACGUACAGUUCAGCGAGUUAUUUUCCAAUAGCUCCACCGAAUUGCGGAUUCAGCGACGUUCCCCACAAUCGCGUAGUCGGCGGCGAGCCCUCGGUAAUCGGUGCUUGGCCGUGGUUGGCCGCUGUCGGCGUCCGAGUCCCAGCAACAGAGCACUCGAACGAGUCCUUCAUCAACACUUGUGGCGGCGCCCUGGUUUCGAGGCGUCACGUUCUCACGGCGGCUCACUGUCUCGCGGCCUUCGACGAGACCGAGACAUUCGUCGUAAGGCUGGGCGCCUUCGACCUGGACAACGAGCAUCCGCUAGACACGCCACCGCCGGUCGACGUGAGCGUUGAAAAGACCAUUCCCCACCCGGGCUACAAUCGGACCUCCAAGGAAAACGACAUAGCCGUGCUCAGACUCAGUAGAGACGUCGAGUUUACACUGGAAAUCCGACCGAUAUGCCUGCCACUCAAGAGCAGAAUAAGAAAUCGCAAUCUAGUCGGCAGCUUCCCUUACGUCGCUGGUUGGGGAGCAACGUCUUACGGAGGCCCAACGAGCAGCAUCGUCCAGGAAGCUCAGGUGCCGGUAAUCAGCGUCGACAAGUGUAAAAAGCUCUACGCCAAAAAGAGGAUACUGGUCGACAAGAGGAUUUUGUGCGCCGGCUACGACGCCGGCGGAAUCGACGCUUGUCAGGGCGACAGCGGAGGGCCGCUCAUGUUCCCGCUGCGCAACACUUGGUAUUUGGUCGGCGUAGUGUCAACGGGCUUCCAAUGCGCCUCAGCUGGCUUCCCAGGAGUUUAUUCGCGGGUCAGCGAAUUCUUGGGCUUCCUCAUCGACAACUUGGUUUGAGAGCUUCUUUUCGCAUCGACGACGAUUCUCACUUAUCUCGCAGCUCGCGCACACACGCCAGGGGCACAAAUCUGACGUUUUACAAAAAUACAAACGAGUAUAUAAUUAUCAAGCUUGCCAUGACGUGUGUCGCUUUUUGCGCAUCGCAGUAAAUUGCUCGAAUCUAAUCGUUUCAAUAAUAUUUGUGAUUUCCUCCAUUUUUUCCUCCAUGUUCCGGGCCACAAUUACGUAAACAGUGCGGAUGCAAACACCUCUGAUGGCUCUGACUCGUGCAGUUCAUUGCUUUACUAGCUAUUUCUAAUAAAACCAAAUUCUUUUUUAAACUUUAA